AUGGGUCUGAGGAAAAUCCAAGGAGUUGGUAGUCCUGCGACCUAUAGACGGACCUUUGCCGGCAAGGAUGGCCUCUACCCCAGUGCUCGGUUCCUCCUCGGCAGCGCGGCGGACCUGCUGGGGCGGGGAGUGCCCGCGGCCGGGUCGUUCAAGUACGUCUUCCAGAGGCUGACCAUCCUGGGGAUCGUAGGAUCGGGUGCCUACCUGCGGGAUAUGGUGGCGCCGCUGCUCGCCCUCGGGGGGUUUAUGGAGGUGCAGGAGUACGACUCGAUGCCGCGCGCCGGGGACGGGAGGUGCUCGGGCGCGGCGCACGGGACGGAGCUCGGGGACCGGUGGGAGUGGUUCCGCACCUAG